UAAAAAGGCAUCGUGUGGACGCACCUUAAUAGAGAUACCAAAAUGUUAUCUGUAUUGAGAUACAAUUAUAUGUAGUUAACAAUCUCUUCAUUCUGGGUGAAGUUCCGCUCAUAAAUAGAUGAAAGCAUUAAUAACUGCGACAGGAACGGCAAAGUAACAAUUUGUUCGUCGUCGUUGCCAUGGUAACGCGGAACGUCAAUAUAGGUAGAGUGACACACAGUAUUGGGUGUUUUUAUUAUGUUGUGUGAGAUCAUUGAAUUCUUACGAGAACACCAGUGCGUGAUACUGAUGAAAGUGAUGCGAAUGAAACAUGAAUAUAAUUUGGUAACAUUUUAUCUCAGAUCGAAACCGAAAAUCGUUUUAUAAGGUAAGAUACUUUAACUCGAAAUGACAGACAACGAAAACCCGAAUGUAUUUUUCAGCCGCAUUAAGGAGGACAAAUACUUGCUUGUGUGUUUCCAAUUCCAGAGUGAGUCAUUUAAGAUAGACGAUUAUUGCAGUGUUGUUGCAAAAUUGACUACAACCGCCGAUUAUUUGUUGAAUAAAAUUGUCAUUUGUAUCACCAACAAAGUAAAGGAGUUAAAAGACGCAGGAGGCGCACUAGGAGAUGUAGAUGUUGAAUCCAUAUCUGCUAAAUUCUAUAGUAACGAUUGUCCUGUAUCCGCUGAUUGUUUAUGUAUGGACUUGCCGUUUUGGGUGGGCGACGAAAUGCAUUUGCGUAUUGGCAGUGUUCGAUAUAAUAUCGUGUUGAAUGGCCCAUGCGUAGAUGAAAUAAUCCUUCCAAGAGUCAUAAUAGUUGGUUUUCCGAUUUCCCCAUUUACUUUUAAGACUUCAUAUACGAAUGUGGGCGAUUGCGACUUUCUGUGGUACAGGAAAAAACAGGGUGACUUCGAAUUAAUAGGAAAUGGUUAUUCCUAUACACCUACGACCGAAGAUGUUGGUUGUAUACUGAAGCUCAUCUGUAUUCCUGGAAACGGCGAUCUGAAAGGACCAAAGGUGGAAACAGAGUCGAAGAAAUGUGUGAAAGAAGGUCCAAAAAGGUUUCCAUUCGAAGACCGUCAUAUAUUCACACAAACAGCAGCAGCUCCUGGAAGUUUCAGAAUAAUGACCUAUAACAUACUGGCUGACUUCUGUGCUGGUACACCUAAUAUCCGUAAAGAUCGAUUUCCAUAUUGUCCUCUUCAUGCUCUGAACAUAAACUACAGGAAACAGUUAUUACAAAAGGAAAUUAUAGGUUACAAUGUUGACAUCAUGUGUCUGCAGGAAGUUGACAAAAGUGUGUAUCAAGAUCAUUUGCUUCCGCUUCUUUCAACCAGAUACAAUGGAACUUUCAAAGUUAAAGGAACCAAGAUAACAGAAGGCUUGGCAUGUUUUUAUGACAAAUCUAAAUUUCGGUUGAAGGAGCAGCAUGGAAUUACACUUGCUCAUGAAUUACAAAUUAAUCCACGGUUACGUAACUUGUGGACUCUCAUGAAACCAGAAGUUGAGAAAAUACCUCGUUUUUUGAAAGCAUCAACUUCGUUACAGAUAGCUGUGUUGAUAUCUCAGGAAGAGGAGGAUAAUUGUGUGAUAAUUGCUAACACACAUUUACGCUCCUGGCCUGAACCUGAUUAUUUUCGUGCUCUGCAAGCUUCUGUUGCUCUUGCAUAUCUCCAGUCUGUUGUGGGAGAUAUUUCAAAGAAGAUGCCAGAAAAGAAAAUUGCUACAAUUUUGUGUGGUGAUUUCAACAGUACACCUGACAGCUGUGUGUAUGAACUGAUGGUUAACCAGUCUAUAGGGGAAAAUCAUCCUUGCUGGUCAGAAGUCUGCCGGCCGCGGUGGCCGUGCGGUUCUGGCGCUGCAGUCCGGAACCGCGGGACUGCUACGGUCGCAGGUUCGAAUCCUGCCUCGGGCAUGGAAGAAAAUAAAGACUUAAAAGGCAUAAAUUUAUCACACAGUUUCAAUUUUGGAAGUGCUUAUGGGACACCAGACUUCACAAAUUAUACCAAUGACUUCAUUGGUUGUUUAGAUUAUAUAUUUCACCAGAAAGACGCUUUACAGAUUUUGCAGGUUGUGCCUUUACCUCAUGAAGAAGAAGUCAAGGAACAUGAAGCAAUACCGAGUGUAGUUUUUCCAUCUGAUCAUUUAGCAUUAAUAGCUGAUCUCUGCUGGACUUGAAAUGUUCUUUAUCUUGUGUACACUGGUGGUAGUUCCACCUUCAGAAUUUGGAUCCAAAGACCGAUCAACAACAAUAAAGCUCACUUUUUGUACCUGUAUCAACAAAACCAAAGGGACACUCAGUAUUAAGAUAAUUUUUGCAAUUUAAAUAAUAAUAAUCAUCUGUUGUUCUUACUGUGUAUUUUGGUUGCAAAUGAAAACUUAUUUUAUUUUAUAUUAUUUUUAAGAUAUAAUGUGUAGUGCUUUCAUUGUACUAGAGAAUCAUAUUAACAGGCAGUUACCAAAUGCCUGGCUGGUAUGAUACUGAGGUAGAUGAAUGUUAGAUUAGAAAGGUUGUUCACAUUGUUUUGAUAAAGAAAAGUAUCUCCCAUAAAUACUAGCAUUCCCUAAAGAUACGCAACAGACACAAACAUGAACAAAAUGUGAAACAAACAGAAGUUUCGUCCGACAAAGAAUUGGAGAGAACAGUUCUGUUCAAGAGGAUGAAAAGUAACCCAGCAUAAGAGAGAAAUUUAUCCUCAAUUUACUAUUUUGGGUAUUACUAACAUUUAAUAUUUGAUAUUUCCUUUGUUGUGAAAAGGUUCACACUCACUGUACAGAUAGAGUGAUUUUAUACCAUUGUCUUUCCUGCUGGAUGCAAAAAUAUUUGCAAAAACUAACAAUUUAAUCACAUUUCGGUCAUUUGUGUCUGCUGUACACCAGGUUUUUAAAUCCUUCACUAUAUUGUCCAGAUGGCAUGUAAUUUUUAAACUGAGUAAUAAUUGGAUUGUUUUAGUUCUGUUUACUUUUUUAUUGGCUCCAUUUUUAUCUUAUAACAACUUUAAAAUUGUGUAUUUGUCUAAAUGUUUUUAUGACUGUAUAUUACAUAAAAUACUUUGAAAUUACAUUCAUACAUACAACUGGCACUCUACAAUUCCCAGUGUAAAACCAUGGUGUCUAAAGUCAGACCAAACAAGCUGUAUUUUAAAUAAAUUUUAUUUCAGUCAGU